AGCGGGGAGCGGCGCGGCGGGGCCGGGAUGUGGCGGGUGCUGCGGGGUCGUGGGCUCAGGAGCCUGCACCGUGCGGCCACCACGGUGGCCAACGAGCCCAUCCUCGAAUUCAAACCCGGGAGCCCCGAGCGAGCGGCGCUGCAGCAGGCGCUGGCUGACCUGAAGGGCAGGACCGAAGCCAUCCCCUGUGUGGUUGGUGGGGAGGAGGUGUGGACCGGAGUGGUGCGGUACCAGCUCUCGCCGUUCAAUCAUGCUCACAAGGUGGCCAAGUUCUGCUACGCCGACAAGGAUCUCAUUAACAAAGCCAUUAAUGCAGCCUUGGCCGCCAGAAAGGAGUGGGACCUGAAACCUGUCCAGGACCGGGCCCAGAUCUUCCUCAAGGCGGCUGACAUGCUGAGUGGCCCACGGCGAGCCGAGGUGCUGGCCAAGACCAUGGUGGGGCAGGGCAAAACCGUCAUCCAGGCGGAAAUCGAUGCGGCGGCAGAGCUGAUCGACUUCUUCCGCUUCAACGCCAAGUACGCCUUGGAGCUGGAGAGCAGCCAGCCCAUCAGCGUGGACAUCAGCACCAACAGCAUGGUGUACCGUGGGCUGGAGGGUUUUGUGGCGGCCAUCUCUCCCUUCAACUUCACAGCGAUCGGCGGAAACCUGGCGGGGGCUCCGGCAUUGAUGGGAAACGUGGUGCUGUGGAAGCCCAGCGACACUGCCCUGCUCUCCAGCUACGCCGUCUACAGGAUCCUGCUGGAAGCCGGGCUCCCUCCCAACGUCAUUCAGUUCGUGCCGGCAGAUGGGCCCGUGUUCGGCGACGCCGUCACCAGCAACCAGCACUUCUGUGGGCUCAACUUCACCGGCAGCGUGCCGACUUUCAAGCGCCUCUGGAAGCAAGUGGCCGAAAACCUGGAUUGCUACCGCAACUUCCCCCGCUUGGCUGGAGAGUGCGGUGGGAAGAACUUCCACCUGGUGCACAGCUCAGCCGAUGUGUCCAGUGUGGUGAACGGGACCCUGCGCUCUGCCUUCGAGUACGGCGGCCAGAAAUGCUCGGCGUGCUCCCGCCUCUACGCCCCGGACUCGCUGUGGCCCCAGAUCAAAGAGAAGCUGCUGGAGGAGACCAAGAAGAUCAAAGUGGGAGACCCUGCCCAGGACUUUGGGACGUUUUUCUCAGCAGUGAUCGAUGACAAGUCUUUCGCACGUAUAAAGAAGUGGAUCGAGCAUGCCAAGAAGUCUCCCAACCUCACCAUCCUGGCUGGAGGCGGCUGUGAUGACAGCGUCGGGUACUUCAUUGAGCCGUGCAUUGUGGAGAGCAAAGACCCAAAGGAUCCCAUCAUGAAAGAGGAAAUCUUUGGCCCCAUCCUCACCGUGUACGUCUACCCAGAGAAGCAGUACAAGGACGUCUUGGAGCUGAUUGACACCACGACACCCUAUGGCCUCACGGGGGCGGUCUUCGCCCAGGAGAAGAGCAUCAUCGAGGAAGCCAGGAGCUACUUGCGCAACACAGCUGGCAAUUUCUACAUCAAUGACAAGUCAACGGGCGCCGUUGUGGCUCAGCAGCCCUUCGGGGGCUCCCGCAUCUCAGGAACCAACGACAAACCUGGUGGUCCGCACUACAUCCUGCGCUGGACAUCUCCCCAGGCCAUCAAGGAAACCCACGUGCCGCUGCGGGACUGGCGUUACGCCUACAUGCACUGAUGCCUUCUCCUCAUACCCGUGCCUCUACUACUGAAGCUGGACGCACACAGUGGCUCCUCAGCCACAGCCUUGAAAGCACUUCAAUCAGCCAAUCUUCAGCACAGCGAGCUAGGGUUUUAUUUUUAGAGACUAAUUCUAUUAUUAAAUUGUUAACACACCCCCCAAAAAAAAGUCCCUAUGAUUUCUUAGUCUUGGAAGAAGCAGGCUGUGGGUGACUGCGACAGCAGAGAUGCGCUGCUGGUACCCGAGAUCCCCAACCUGGGAACAAGAAGAGCAAGUUGUCUGCAGUAACUCCACAAAACACCAUCAUUUGAGAAGUGAUUUUCUCUGUUACAUGCUUUAAGAGGGUAGGAAUUACGCUUUUUCCAACAUGUAAGGAUUUUUCCAUUACUUAGCUCGGAGCAUAACAGCACCACACCUCUGCAGAGGGCUUUGGGCUUGCCCAGCAGCACUGAACCCUAGUUGUCCUUUAUCCUCCUGUCCCCCCCCUUGUCCUCCCAUCUAGCCAUGCCCACCUGAUGGGCUGGGAGCGCUGGAGCUGGAGCAGGGAGCAGCAUUCAGAGGCUGGCCGCAACCUGGUCACUUGGAGAAGAAUCGUCCUGUCCCCAAGACAUCGUUCACCCUGGCUGCUCCAUUAGGGAGCCUUGCAGAGUGGAACAACAAAUUUAAGGACUUUCCAAGAGGGCUAUGAAGCCUGGUUUGGUUUAAACCAUAGUGCCAAGCAAUGGGAGCCUUGGUCUGUGUAUUUUCCUUGGUCCCAAGCAAGAGCUAAGCCUCCAGAAGUUGCAUUUUGCCAAGAGAUGGCAGCUGUGAGCUCAGAGCUGCUCAGGAAUUGCCCACGUGCCUUUUUUCACUGAGAAGGCACUGGCUGGAGCUGCUCUGAUCCUUGGAUGUUGGCUGAAGGAUUUUAGAGAAGUUCCACUAAUGUUCCUGCACAAGCUGCUUAGGUGGCUGCAGCAUCCUUAACCCCCAGAAGGAAUUUAGGAAGAGAGGCCAGGCCAAAAAGAGGAGGUUUGUAAUAAUUAGAAGCAAAAUCUGUUUCCCAGGUUGUCGUGCUUGGCUUAGGACCCCGUCCCUGAGGCUCUGCAAGCUGCUGAGUUGUGAAGUUCAGCAUUAAGUUGUUAAAUUUGCUCUUCUUUCCCAUCAGCAAGCUCUUGCCAAACGGGUCCUGCGGUGCAACCUGUAACAGGGAGCUUGGACACCAAGUCCUGCAUCUUCCAGGGGCAUUUCUGAUUUAGAAAUGUAUGCAUUUGUAACACUGCCAAUUACUGACCAGUCCAUUAGCAUGAUUUACAGAUAACGUGGCUAACCCUGUUAUGGCUGCUGCAAGUUACUUGGCAUGUAGGUCAAGAAUGAGUUGCAUUCAUACCUGCAAAUCCAGGUUUAACUGAUGAAAAUUGCAAUAAAAUACAUUACGAAGAUC